AUGGAGGUCUGGCGAGUCGGAAAUCCAUUCCCGCGGUGUGAGGUGCAGCAUCCGCGGUUCCACCACAUCAACCACAAGACCAAGGACGCGGGCGCUUUCGUUUUUGCGAUGAAUCCAUGGAGUUUUCGCUUCGAUGUGUCCACGGUCCAGGAGAGCAGGACCGCGCUGCACGUGGCCGGCAGCUUAGCCUUCGAGGCGAUCGCGAAGCACCGAGACUUCAACGAGGUGAAUGCGGUGGAUACGUUUGGAUACACGCUGCUCAUCCUUGCGGCGUCCAAGGGCAUGUCGCAGGUGUGUCAUGCCAUCCUGGACCGUGAUGACUUCGUAGGCAUCAACUCCCAGGACAAGUGGGGCGCCACUGCGCUGCACUGGGCUGCGGACCAGGACCUGGCGCAGGUCUGCGAGAAGAUCCUGACGCACCCCGAGUUCGUGGAGGGCAACCGACGCGCUCGGAGCCCCGGAGGCCUCGGAGGCGUGGCCUCGGUGGGCCGAAGGAGCAACUGA